CGCACGCCGGGGGUUUUACGGCCCUCGGUGUCGGGGACCGCCUGGAGAGGGCGGGCGGUGGGUCUGGCGGUUGGAGCUGUUCGCUGCCGCCAUGACGCUCAAGAGGAGUCGCGACCGCUUCUACAGCACCCGCUGCUGCGGCUGCUGCCAUGUCCGCACCGGCACCAUCAUUCUGGGCACCUGGUACAUGGUGGUGAACUUGCUGAUGGGCAUCUUGUUGACAGUAGAAGUGACUCAUCCAAACAUGGUCCCAACUGUUGAUAUCCAGUAUGAAGUCAUUGGAAAUUACUAUGCUUCCGAGAGAAUGGCUGAAAAUGCCUGUGUUCUGUUUGCUAUCUCACUCCUCAUGUUCACAAUCAGUGCAAUGAUGGUGUAUGGUGCCAUUGCUCAUCGUGUAGGCUGGCUGAUCCCAUUUUUCUGUUACCAACUCUUUGACUUUGUGCUCAGUUGUCUGGUUGCUAUCAGCUCUCUAACCUACUUGCCCAGAAUCAAGGAUUACCUGGAUCAGUUGCCGGAUUUCCCUUACAAAGAUGACCUCCUUUCUUUGGACUCCAGCUGUCUCUUGUUUAUUGUUCUGGUGUUCUUUGUUUUAUUUAUCAUUUUAAAGGCAUAUCUAAUUAACUGUGUAUGGAACUGCUAUAAAUACAUCAUCAGCAGAAAUUUGCCAGAGAUUGCUGUGUACCCUGCUUUUGAAGCUCCUCCACAGUAUGUUCUGCCAACCUAUGAAAUGGCAGUGAAGAUGCCUGAGAAGGAACCUCCACCUCCCUACAUACCUGCCUGAAGCAAUUUUUAUGUUUAUUAACAUCUGUACCACCUUCCUGGGGUUUUUUCUUUUAAUCUUGCAAAACUGCUUAUGUAAUAGAAAUAUUCAGGGCUUUAGGAGCAAACUGUUCUGUUUAAAAUAAGUUUGAUAUAAACUUACUAAGCAAAACGCAUCUGAGAGUGAUUUAAUUUGCUUUAAUUUUUGUUCUCCCUAAUGCUCUUAAACAUUUUAUUGCCUUAGGGCCUUACACCUGCAGGAACUUAUGCAUGUGACUAACUUGUGGCUUUUAAUAAUACCAACUGAGCCACUCUGAUUGAAGUUAGCUGUGAUUGUAAGUGUCUGCAGGAUUAUGCCCUUAAUUUAUAUUAAUUUUUUGUAAAGUAGUUCAUAAAGACAAUCUGAUCGUGAGUAAAAUGACAGUUUGCCUUUAUCCAUUUUUUGGAAGGGGAAGGGUUUGAAUGUGGUAUAUAUGUGACUUUUUUACUUUGCACUUUUCUCAUAUGUUAUCUUACCUUUUAUUGUGUUGGUUUUUUUUUUUUUUUUUGGUUAUCCUAUGUCUUGAAACAGUAUUUUUGAGGAACAAGUGAGGGUGGCACAAGAGUUCUAUUACAACGAGCUGGGAAUGCAAGAAAAAUAAAUAGAAAUGUGGAAGAUGGUUGCAUGCUUCUAAUCUUCUAUGUAUUUUCUUCUUUGUGAUAAAUGAUACUUAAAUAAAUCUUUUGUAAAAUGUUUA